UAGCGAUAUAUUUCGCAAAAAGUAUGCCCAGGAGACUCUUUCAAAACACCUCUACCUUCUCCUCACUGGUUAGACGUUUGAACUAUCGAUGCUUCGCGUUAUCGCUUGGCAUUGUCAGUCUUACAUCGUUUGCGCUUGUGUAUUACAAAGGUCUCGAUUUAAGAACACCAAACACGAAACUUCACCAUCAAACACCAGUAAAUGAUGUUCUCAAGAUGUUAAUUCAAACAGCAGCCAAUGAUUCUGCCGCUUGUAAGCUGCCCGUUCUAGAUCCAUUUCAUCCCAGCGUGGUUAACUUUAUGAAAGAUCUUGGCAAACUCAGUUGCGAGGGUGUCAGUUAUUCUAGUUUCGAAAACAACGUGCUCCGAAUUGAAGGCGAAGCUGUCGUCUCAGCACAGUUCAGAAAAAUUGAAAGGGCUGAAGGGGACGAUUUUCGUGUGGUUCUUUCGGAUCCGGUUAAAGUUUUGAACACGAGUGGAGAUCGAGCGUCAGCGACUGACCAGAAAGGUGAGAUAAAACAUAAGUGUAACUUGAGAUAAAUAUGUUUGUAGUGAGUUAUGUUCUGUAACUAGAUUUCGAUCAGUCCCUUCUCUACGGCGAAGUCCAUCGCACGAGGUCGGAAAAAUCAGCGAAAAAAAUCGAUGUCGAUGUAUUGCGGAAGCUCUGAGUGAAGCUCAUGAAUAGUACGUACUACAGUUUAAGGGCUCAGACGCACGAGGCAAAUUUUUGUUUAUUUUGAGAAAAUUUAGGCGUGAAAUCAAUUUACAAUUCAUGGUUUGAGAGAACACGUCAAUCAAGAAAAUUUGAUGGCCGCCCACAUGUUUAAUUUUUACGCGGCAAUCAAACGGUGAAUAUGGAAGAUUUGUACCUCGGGAUGCUGCAUAACAAUCAGUAAUUAGGAUAUUCAGAAUAAAGCUAUUGUCACGGGCAGACAACCCUGUAGGAUGUUAGUUAUUUGAUACGCUAGCUGAACUCUUACCUUCUUAGCUCAUUCAUGCUUAAAGUAAUGAAUGAGGUAUUGUGGUGAAGCAGAUGUCGACGGUUAGUUAUCGACCGUGGACGGAAGUUGUAUUGUGGACCGUGAACUGAAGUAGUCUCGCAUGCUACCCCUCCCUACUUAGUGAGAGUCAAUAUUACAAAAUGCAGACUGCAGACUUGGUACAAAAUGCAGACUGACAAUUUAUAUGUUUUUUCGUCUGAUACGUGAUAACAUGUCAUCUUACAACUUACCAAGCGUCACGCAUAUCGCUUUUCCGCGAUCAUCUUUCACGAUUAUUUGCACUAUUGUAGAAUAUUCCUUGCCCGUUUGAUCACAAUCGUUCGUAAAAUAAUUCCAAGCCUUCAUAUAGUCUUCUCACUAUGCGCGCGAGUUGGUUGGUGAGAUUUCUGUACAGAAUUUACCAACUUAAUAAAAGUAGAUGUAGAUGUAAAUGAAAUGUCACUAUUAAUAUUUUAACAGACGCAAUAUUCGAGAAAAAAUUGACAGCUUUGCACGUGGUUCAUACGUUUCAUCUUCUUAACCGAUAUGUGUUCAUUUUGUUGAGAAAAAUAGUGGAGACUUGAUAUAUUUUCAAUGUUCAGGGAUGUACACACACUGAUUUUCACAUAUGUGCCUUAAAUUGUUAUUGGUUUACUUGAGGAACCGGCGAAUUUUAAUAGGGAAAAGCGAAGCGUUGCUUUCGUUACUGGCCAUUUAUUUACUUUUCUUGUGGUUUUAUCUCUCAGUUGUUUGGUGACUACGCAAAUAUCAAUAUGUGAAAAUCAGACCAUACGAAGGCUUGAAAUUCUAUUAAGAACGAUUGUGGUCGCUUUGUUAAAAACAAAGAUAUCAAGAAACGGGCAAGGAAUAUUUCACAAUAGUGCAAAUGAUCGUGAAAGAUGGGGGUUACUGAUACUUUGUUGCUAGAGCAACAUUUGAUGCCGGAUUAUGCCCACCCAGCCCACCCUCCGCCUCACAAACACACACGCACACCAACAAAAAGGACAAUGUCUGCUUAAUGACCUCUGCCCAUCCCAAGCCAUAACAUGAAUGAACUGACUUCAAAAGCCCUUUGAUUUUUAAUUUGCAACGGUCGAUCUCGACAAGACGCAAUUGAUCCCGAGAAAUGUUUCAUAAAUUUCGCAAAUCCAAAUUGAGACGUCUCUGCCAGUGAUAAGAGCCUCUAGCGCCUCAGUCUGCUCUUGUGUCAGCGAACGAAUUGUCGGAAACUGCAAUAAACAUUAUAUCGUUGACAAGGGUUGACACGCAUGACCGCUUGUUUGAGAGAUUUCCAGCGGAAAUCCAAUCAUAUUUGACCAUACUUGACGAAAUUCUUUCCGAAAGAACGCGAAUGAUUUAUGGCUGUAAAUACGGCAAGAUCUUCCAUAAACUGAACAAUUUUUGAGUGAGUAAAUGGUAGUUGAAAUAGAGGUGAUGCAAAUUUAAGAGAGAUGCCUCAGCGAAACAUUUUCAUUUCCGUAACGAUAAAGGUGAUUUAAAAGGCUUCCAAACAAACUUUGAAACAUUAUUUUUACAAGUAUCUGUCACAAUCUGACACCUGUCAAUUAGAGAGCGCGCAAGAAAAAAAAAGCGUAGGUACAUUUGAAAACCAACAGAACUAGUUUGGCAAGGACUGUCACGACAAUAUUUUCUUCAAAAUCAGUCAAUGAUCUAACGGAAAGUAUAAUUUACUCUCAUCGACCAUUCAUUCAUGUACGAAGAUUUACCUCUGUUCAUUAAGUAAACGGCGAGGAAAGUAGUUGUGAGUAAAUUCAAUUUUUUUUAUUUUGAAGUUGUGAGAGUUUGCUCGUUUGUUUGCUGUAAUGGCGUGUUUAACUCUGGUCUUUCCUUCACAAAAACUAAAUUCGAACGGCACACUCCAACGAGACACAAGGGAAUUUAAUGCGGCCUUUUCUUAAAAAAUUCCUUCCAUUUCUGUUGUGCAAUUUACGGUACAAAUGUCCAAAUUGAACGGAAUUGGAAAGACUCACCGGGAGCGUAUAUUUGUCGUAGAACUUAAAUUAAAACUUCGCUCGCUCUUUCACUAUGAACAAAUUGCUCGAGAAAAUUCAGAUAUUAAAUGAAUGAAAGUUCCAUCGUUCAGUUUAACUGUAACCAAAUACCUCACGUUCUGGGUACUUUUUGUGAACGAUUAAAAUUAAUUGCAGACGGUUUUUAGGCCGCUUGUCAACCAACGUAAUGACACUAUUGUUUAUACAAAUUCAUUCUGAAACCAAUAUUUUUCUGUCAACCAAGGUGAUUUUAUAGAGAGAAAAGAGAGGAUUCAUAAGUUAUUUAUCGGCUUGAGGUAGUGACCGACGUGUUUGCUCAAAAAUACUGCCCAGCUGGAAAACGAGGUAUAUUUAUGAAAAAUGACAACGAAAGUUGGAAUGCAUUCGGCGACUCACGAAAGCGUUACCGUGGCCCGUGGGCAGAGAUAGGAAAAUACUGACCGGGUAAAGAACCAAUCAGAUUGCAGGGUUCGUUACCGUGCCCUCUAAAAAAAACAAUAUAUUAUAGUGAUAUUUUCACGUCUUUAAGGCGCAUAAAAGUUCAAAGUCUGGCGAAACAGUUCAAGGAAUUGUUCAGUCUGGUUUGUUAAUUCUUUGCACUGAAUUAACCCUCUUCUGCAUUGAAUUACCUGAAAACUGCGUUUGUCUUAACCAAUCAGAACUGAGUAAUUUUUUUCAUUUAUGUUAUUAUGAUAGCUAUGACAUGCAAAAAAAUUUAAAAACCACCGAAUGUUUUGAAAAUCCAAAACGCCGAGCUGGCGACAUUCUUGUGUCUUAUGUAAAUAAUCUUGUUCAGCAUAAUUUUCUUUUCCUUGUGAGUACUUGAAGUGGCUGUGAAGAACGGGUUCCUCCCGAAUUAGGUUACCCGGAGAAAAGUUACUUUCAAAAUCUCUUUCCUAUAUGUAAUGUGUCAUUUGAAACUGCCAGACUGUUGUGUGUAUUGUCAAGGGGCGAAUGUACUCACGACGGUUUCUUUACAUACAUUGUAUCCUGGAACUGAAAUUAAGUUUACAUAGUAAUUUUAUCCCUACCAUCGCGCCAUAAUUAAGGCCUUCAUUUAGUGUUGCGUUCGAAUAAAAACCCCGUGGCAACGUUUUAAAAUAGAGUCUGUUAACAAAAAAUAGUCCCAAGUAUAUCUCUUAUUGGUGGUUGUUGUCUUUCAAGCUUUAUAUAAGUUGGGCUGUUGUUUGUACAACUUGUUCCAGGAAAAAAAAAAUUGGGCCCAUGUAAUCAUCAUAAUCAAACUGGACAAUGGCAACAAUUGAUAGCAAUGAAAGUUUCUGUGAUCUUCUGCAUAAAUUAUGUGUUGAACAGUUCCCUUUGCUCCAUUGUAAGGCUCUACUGCAGUCCAAAGGUCUCUGGUUAAACCUUUAAUUCCCAGAAGAAAUCAAAAUGAAAACUUCUCCCUAUCAUAUCCUUACAUUAUCCAGCAAACAGGUAAUGAGAAUAUUCAAACUUAUCAGGUAGAAGUUGUUAUCUUGAUCUUACACCAAAUUCUCAUAAUUUAUUUGCAAGGAUAUGUGUGGCAGCUAGAAGGAAGAGUUAACAAUCAGAUCUUGGGAAUUAAAGGGUUAACUUUACCCUAGCUUUUUGGCCAAACAAAUAGUUGAUUUUAAAGUUGCAUGUCUUCCUCAGUAACAUGCGUUGCCUUAGGGUUGCUACGGUGUUUACUGACCACAGCUUUGCCAAUUUGUUUUAGUUUCAAAAAGUGGCAACUUUCUCAAUUCCUUAUGACAAUCUCAUAGUAGAUGCUUGUUAUUAAGUUAAGUUAUUCACAUUUUGAGGUGUUCUUGACGUGAGCAAAUUCCAUUUUUCUUGGCUUGUUGUGGUCCAUCACCAACUCACUUACAGAAGGUAGCUAUGUCACCAACUAAAAUUACACACAAAUGGAACAGUAGAACAGCCAGUUGCUUGUUUACAAUGCCUGUUAAUCCAUCCAAAAAUUUCUUGGCCAACAAUUAAAACUUCUUAAGAUCAAAUAUUGUACUCCUUUCUCUUCAUUUCCUUGGAAUUUAUGACAACUGGGAAAGAGGCUUCGAGAAUGUUGCAGAAAUACAUGAGGCAAAUGACACUCUGCUGUUGCACAAUCAAUAGUCGUUUUCGUACCUUAAGUUUGAUUUAUAACAGCCUUUUGAUAAGAAAGUUUAGUUUGAGAAGUUAGAUUUAAGGUAGAGGGUUUUCGUAAAUGGUAUGACGUUUGUAUCAAUCGCGAUUAAAUAUCGGGACGAGUCAAUCGGCUGUGUUCUGACUCUUUGAAGUCUUCGAUCAACCGACGUUUGAGAGUUCGAGUUAUCAGAGAAGUCAAAGGAAAAGUAAAACUAGUUCAGAGUUAAUGGGGAAUUCCAGUCAAAUCCAGGGAAAUCACAUUUGUUUCGAGUUAGCGGGAAGUUCGAAUUCACCGAGUUCGAGUUAGCGGGGUCUAUUGAGUUUCCAUGACUGGAGUUGGCAACAGUUCUUGGCACUAUCACGAAAAAAAAUGUUAAAAUUAUUUUUCAUUCUUUUAAUUUGCACUUGCAGGAAUCUUUAGUGGAAACGUAUCAGUUGAUUACGACUUCAUCCGAGUAGACGUCGAGACAUCUUCAGGUGAGACCAAAAGUGACGUUCACAUGCACGUGUUUCCUAAAAAGGAAGUUCUCAAACGGGAGCAGAAACCUGGUGGUAUUCCACUAAAUGUAGCACUGAUCAUGUUCGACUCCACAUCACACGCUAAUUUUAAAAGAAAGAUGCCCAAAAGCUUGGAAUAUCUGACGAAGAACUUAAACACCGUCUUCCUGCAAGGUGAGUAAUGUUUUGUUGAGUUAUGUAAAAAGGUUUUACUUUUGUGAUUAGCGGCUGUUAAAUCGUCUUUGAGUUGAAAUUCCACUGCUUUGGAAUGACGUAUCAGUCUGACACGUCAAUCACGCGUGCUUGUACGCAGGGGUGGUAGCUAGGUAAGCACUUCAUUUCGUUGAUUCUGUGGUCGCAACUUUCAUCGUUAAGAUAGGUCUAAGAAUCCUCCUGUACAUUAGGAAAUCAACUGCACUUUAACCACCGCCAGUAGUUUACUUUUCAUGAUUAUCACUGGUUCAGCAACUAUUCAAUUUUUCAGGAUGAAGUAUUUCUUUUAAAUGACGGAUAUUUGGCCAUAUUAUUCACGCCUGUCCCUAGUAAUGACGGAAUGAAUACAUGUGUAUGUCAAGGGAAUCCUGGCAAAGAAGUCAUUAUAGAAAAAAAUAUUUAAGUCAACGAAAGGUGCAAAGUAAUAGUAUACUUUCAUUGUCCCACCUUUUUAAAGUAAUUUUUGAAAAUUAAUACAACUGUCCGUUAGAAAAUAUGUAUAUGUUAUUUGCCGGCUAAGGGUCGGUCCGUAUGGUGAAAAACUGUGACUGAGGUCUUGAAAAUGCUGCCCUCGGCCUACGGCCUCGGGUAGCAUUUUCAAGGCCGAGGUCACAGUUUUUCACCAAACGGACCGACCCUUAGCCGGUAAAUAACAUAUUUUUUUUUAAACUUAACAAAAUACAUUCUGAAAGAACCCGAAUGAUUUAGGGCUAUAAAUACGGCAAGAUCUUCCAUAAACUGAACAAUUUUUGAGCGAGUAAAUGGUAGGUAAAGUAAAGGUGAUACAAAUUAAAGAGAGAUGCUUCACUGAAACAUUUUCACUUGCGUAAUGAUAAAGGUGAUUUAAAAGGCUUCCAAACAAACUUUGAAACAUUAUUUUUACAAGUAUCUGUCACAAUCUGACACCUGUCAAUUAGAGAGCGCGUAAGAAAAAAAAAGCGCAAGAAGAUUUGAAAAACAACGGAACUAGUUUGGCAAGGACUGUCACGACAAUGUUUUCUUCAAAAACAAUCAAUGAUAUAACGGAAAGUAUUAUUCACUCUCAUCGACGAUUCAUUCAUGUAUGAAGAUUUACCUCUGUUCAUUAAGUAAACGGCCAGGAAAGUAAUUGUGAGUAAAUUCAAAUUUUUUAUUUUGAAGUUGUGAGAGUUUGCUCGUUUGUUUGCUGCAACGGCGUGUGUAAAUCUGGUCUUUCCUCCACAAAAACUAAAUUCGAACGGCACACUCCAACGAGACACAAGGGGAUUUAAUGUGGCCUUUUCUCAAUAAAUUCCUUCAGUUUCUGUUGUGCAAUUUAUGGUCCAAAUGUCCAAAUUGAACGGACUUUGAAAGACUCACCGAGAGCGCAUAUUUAUUGACGAACUGAAAUUAAAACUUCGCUCGCUCUUUCACUACGAACAAAUUGUUUGAGAAAAUUCAGACAUUAAAUGAAUGAAAGUUCCAUUGUUCAGUUUACCAAAUACCUCACGUUUUAACUUUCUAGGUACUUUUUUUGAAUGAUUAAAAUCAAUUGCAGACGGUUUUUAGGCCGCUUGUCAACCAACGUAAUGACACUAUUGCCUAUACAAAUUCAUUCUGAAACCAAUAUUUUUUUGUCAACUAAAGUGAAUUGAGAGAGAGAAAAGAGAGGAUUCAUAAGUCGGCUUGAGGUAGUGACCGAUGUGUUUGCUUAAAAAUGCUGCCCAGCGGGCAAAACGAGGUAUAUUUAUGAAAAAUGGCAACGAAAGUUGAGAUGUACACGGCGACUCACGAAAGCGUUACCGUGGCCCGUGGGCAGAGAUAGAAAAAUACUGACCGGGUAAAGAACCAAUCAGAUUGCAGGGUUCGUUUCCGUGCCCUCUGAAAAAAAAAUUAAAAAAUUAUGGUCCUCGUUUCGUUCAGAUUUGAAAUCAGCAAAUCAGAAUGAGAGAAUGAGUUCAUACGGCGGGUGAUGUUUUGCGAAAUAGAUGUCGAGGGGUGAGAGAGUUGAUCGACUGUAUUUUUGCUGUUUUGCGGUUUUGGAUGAUUUUUUUCUACGGUUUUGCGGUUUCUUAUAGACCCCAACUGUCCUAUUACAAGCAUGACGCGUACACUGUCCUAUUAGUGCUCAAAUCGGGCUGGUGAUAACCAAUCAUGUUCGAGAAUUUUGUCAUUAGUUUAGUAUGAUUUAAAACCAAAUUCCUCGACACGAAGUUCAAUUACCACUUUAUUACAUCCACUUUGAAAUCACAAAAUUCAGCUGCUCAAAUACAGGUCUUUUCGGUCUUUACAAAUAUUUAAUUGAUCCAGUGUUGGGCUGGUUUGUAAAAAGUUUCAAUAGUUGUAUUUCAUAUUUCUCUAAUUUGAUUGGUUACUUUAAACAAGCCUUGAAAUGUGACUGGUUGAUGUGUUUUAAUAAAGUUUUCUCAUAAGCUGGUAGAAAAGAUGCGAUUUACAGCAAGAAAUGAUACAAUUCAUGAAUAAAUCGCACCACUGAGAGCCAAUAAGAUUGCAAAGGUAAUCAGUGACUUUUGAUUCGGGGUUCUUCCUCAUCAACCAUCACGCGAGAGGAAUCUCCAGCUCAUAAUGCAACUGUAAAAAUAAUUCAGCUGAUUAUCGAGUGUGAUGUUACUGAACAAUAUAGAAGAGUCUAGAAUAGUAUCCUCUCUUUUUAAAUUUUCAUGCUUGAAAAUAAAAUCACAAAAAUUAUUUUGAUCAGCAGAAAUUGCAAUCACAUUUUAUCCUGUAAAAUACAAAACAGCGCCAAUCCGUAAACAAGAUCUCCCGCAAGGUUGUAAUACUGCACGGCGAUUCAAAAUCUCAAAGUCACAAAAAGAAGGCUCAAAUGGUCAUACUGAUUUCUAUAUCAUUAGCUUCAAAAGUUCUAAUCAUUUCUAGAGAGGGUUGAAAACGCUAAAAACGAUUCAGCCUCAAUUUUACGUUUUUGAUAGGAGAAACAAUCAUAGGGGACGGCACCACUGCGCAGCUGUGUGGAAUGCUCACUGGAAUCGACGAGAAUAAGCAACCUGAGGCUCGACGGAGAAUGAGCGGCUCACAACCUAUUGACAGAUGGCGCUGGAUUUUCAGAAAUUACAAUGACAAAGGAUAUGCUACUAUGUUCUCGGAAGACGCUCCAGGGUAUGCAGCCUUUAAUUACCGUCUACAUGGUUUCAGAGACCCUCCAACAGACCAUUUCGCCAGACCAUUCUGGAUAGAGACAGAUAAACUUUUAAAUGGAAAAUGUAUCAAUAACAGACCUGCUCAUAACGUAUCUCUCAAUUAUUUGUUAAGUUUCUUUCGAAGUUACAAGAACCGGCCUAAUUUUGCGUUCUCAUCUCAUGCUUCGAUUUCACAUGAUGACGUAAACAUGAUCGGUUAUGUAGACGACGACCUGACGACUUUCUUGCAAACAUUCCAGCGAGAAUCAUUCGAAAAGAAUACCAUGCUGAUUAUUUUCGGGGACCAUGGGCAUCGGUUCGCUAGUCUGCGAAAGACAAUUCAGGGUAAACUAGAAGAGAGGUUUCCAUUUAUGUCAAUCAGUCUGCCUAACUGGUUUCUUGACAAGUAUCCAGACCUCCACAAAAAUCUGGUCCAAAACUCUCGCGUUCUAACAUCACCCUUUGACGUUUAUGCCACAUUACGUCACGUACUGUCAUAUCCACAGUAUCCAAGCGAAAUUAUAACUGGUCAAAGCUUGUUCAGCCGGAUUGACGAGAGAAAUCGAACAUGCGCAAGCGCAGGUGUGGAAGAUCACUGGUGCCCUUGUCUUGAUUUGGAAGCCGUGUCGGUGGAUGAGCCCGCAGUCAAGGAAUCAGCUGAGUUUGUCGUUAGGCACAUUAACAGUUUGACGUCACAAAGCGGCGAACUGUUAAAGCUAUGUCAGCGGAUGAAACUAAAGGAAAUAAAGAAUGCUUUCCGCGAGAUGCCGAAAGAAGCCAUGCAGAGAUUUGUAGACUCCAAAAAAGGCGCUCACGAUGAAUGUGAUUCCUGUGGUGUGGUAUUGGGUGAAAAAUCGGUUAAUACUCUCGCUAUGGACACUUUGUAUCAGUUACAGUUCGUGACAUCUCCAAACGAGGGAUUUUACGAAGCUUCUGUUAGAAUGAAUAAAGGUGUUCCUUCACUAGUAGGAGAUAUCAGUCGAAUAGACGCUUACAAGGAUCAACCAUAUUGCAUCGCGUCUUCAUACCCUCGUCUAAGAAAAUACUGCUAUUGUUCUCCGAAAUAG